AUGGGAGCCGCGUGCUCCUCACCCAGCGACGAGGAGGUGCACACCAGCAACGUGCCGCAGCGCACAGCGCCGCUCGACACGGGCAGCCGAGGCAGCCGAGCGUCCGACGGGGCGGCAUCCAAGCCACGAGCCAACGGCCGCCAUUCGAUUGCCUACGCUCCGGCUGAGAUCACGUCGCCACGCGGCUCGUGUGAGCCCGCCUCCGCCAAGGGUCCUCUCGACGCCAGCCUUGGAAAUGCCACGCGCCACGGCGUCAGCCCGGGGCCGAGCGGCUCCUCUUACGCCAAGAUCAACCAAGACCGGGGCGUGGCUUACUGGCCGUUCAACUCGUCGCACAACGAGGCCCUCUUCUGCGUCUUCGACGGGCACGGGUGCAACGGCGAGAAGGUGAGCGAGUUUUGUAUGAAGGCCAUCCCCGCCGCGCUCCAGGAGCACGGCGACGAGCUCCGAUCGCACCCAGAGGAGGUGCUCACAAAGGCGGUCUGCUCGGUCGACAAGGCGGUCCUCAAGAAGAACGGCGGGCAGUUUGCGCGCUCGUGCGGCACGACGAGCACCAUCGUCUACAUCAAUGGAUCGACGCUCUGGGCGGCCUGCAGCGGCGACUCGCGCGCCGUCCUGGGCUCGAGCAAGGGCGGCAAGAUCCGCGCCCGGGACCUGACAAACGAUCACAAGCCCGACGGCGAGGGCGAGCUGGAGCGAAUCCUCAACGCGGGCGGCGAGGUGAGUCGCGGCGAGUACGGGCGGCCGGCGCGCGUGUGGGCGGCGGGCAAGAUCGGGCUGGCCAUGAGCCGCUCCGUCGGAGACGGCGAGUGCAAGAAGUACGGUGUGAUCCCCAACCCCGAGGUGCAGCGCUUCGAGCUGGCGGCCGCACCGGACGCCAAGCCGGAGGGGGACGGCGAUCGCUUCGUAAUCGUGGCGAGCGACGGCGUGUGGGAGUUCAUCGAAUCGCAAGAGGCCGGCGAGGCGCCGACGCUCGAGCUCGGCCUCUCGGGCAUCUCCGAGAUGGGCGCUGGCGACUCCUCCCCCGCGCCGGGUGGCAAGCCGCCCCCCAAGUCCGGCGGGCGCGGCUCCACGGCGGCCUCGCAAGAGAAGGCCGGCGACGACUUCCAGAACCGCCGUCUGUCCGUCGCCGCUCGGGACGACGACGAGUGGUCGGACGAAUCGGACCGCGACGGCGAGUGAACUGAGAGCAAAGAGGCGGGCCCCGCUGCCCCGAAUACCGUCCCCUCCUAUUGAGUCCGCUCCCUCGUGUGUCGGCUCCACCUGUCGAAGUGUCAAUAUCUUCACCGCGCACACGUCUCAGUCCUGCCGUGAGUCCCGGGGUUCCGGCGGUCUUCGCUGAUGUAUGCGUGUUUGGUUCCCUUUUUACAAUCUCGUGCAUGGAU